GUUGAUAUAAACUUUUCGUCUUGGGGUUCAACUGGUGGUUGGAUACCAAAUUAUUAUAUUUUCAGAGGAAAAAAGGCAUGCAGUAAUUUAAGAAAUCUUACUGGAAAUUCAUGGUUUACAUUUGUCAAAGCGUUUAACAUUCCAACUGAUAGAUGUCCAAUACCAGUGGACACAUAUAUUACAUCAGGGUAUGAUUUGACGAAAUUCGAAGAUAAUAAUUUGCCCAAAGUAUUUUUUUAUGGAAAAUAUAAAGUGGUGGUACGCUAUAAAAAUGUGGAAAAUAAAGAAGUUGGUUGCAUGGUUUCGGAAAUAAAUUUUAUACGACCAUGGGAAACACCAAUUUAAUAAAAUUAAUACACACUCAUAAUACUUGUUAUUGAGUUGCUGUAAAAAAUAAAGGAUAUGGGUACUAUAUUAUUAUUUCUUUAUUGUACACUAAUAUUGUUAAACUCUGCUCACAUCUGUUAUUACCGCUAGAAAAUAAAUAAUAUAAUGAUAAUCAGUUAUCAGCAACAUCAA